AUGAAGACAAUAAUUCUGGUAGCGGCGGUGAUCAUGGCCGUGUCGGCAAGACCAGAGGGCGGAUAUGGCGGACAGGGGACUGGCGGACCAGGGUCUGGCGGACCAGGAGGCCAGUACGGCUCCUCCCCCGCCAGCUACAACUUCCAGUGGGACGUCAACGACCAGCCAUCAGGCAACUUCUAUGGUCACGGAGAGCAGAGGGACGGAGACAACACCCAGGGCAGUUAUUAUGUCCAGCUGCCUGACAGUCGUCAACUGAAGGUUGAAUACUUCGUUGAUCAGUUCGGUUACCACCCCACCGUCACCUUCGAGGGCGAUGCCCAGUACCCCAGCGGUUCCGGUCAAGGUACCGGGUCACAGAAGGGCUACUACCAGUAGCAGACCUCCACAGACCCUCAGCUGCUCUGAUAAGACCGGCAGGCCCGGGUCUCAACACGGCUAUCAUCAGU